CACAAAUUGCACAUGCUUGGCACACCUCAUUCCCAAUCACUCGAUGCUGGACGGUCACACGCCAAUGGAAGCUGUGCAACCAGUCCGCGUCAAGUACAUCAAGUUCACGUCCGCGAUGGACGUGGCGCUGCUCGAGCUCAUUCAGUUGCACAAACCGAUCUCGGCAAAGCAUGGAACGCGACUCGCGAUGUGGGAGCGCGUGGCACGAGACUUUGGUGCGCAAGUGUUUGAUAACCCCUUGGCUUGCAAGUGGCAGAUCUGUCGGGAUCGAGGCAAUCUUCUCCUUCGGUGGUUCGACGAUGGCAGGUUCGACAAACUGUUCAAGGACGACAGCGAAGCACGGAACAGGAAGAAGGAGGCACUGCUGCAGUCGUUGCGCCAGGCUUCCUCUGUGAAGCAAGGCAGCACAUCACCGCCGUCGCCGACCAAGUCUUCGUCCGCGGCAUCACCGACGCAUCCUCGCCCGCAGGACAAUACUCAAACCCUCCACGAGCCAAAACAUCAACCUACGAUCAGUCUCAUACCACGACAUUCAACGAUGUUCUCCACUGCAUCAUCUCCUCACGCGUCAUCGACGACGCAACGCAGCGCGAAGUUUCCUCCGUCUCCGAGCCACCUCCAUUUUCGCCCACAACAGGAGUCUUCUCCAAAUGGCGUGCCGUCGCCUCCGAUCCACCUCCCGUCUCUCAAAGCACAGGCUCCUCCCGCGCAGCCCGCCGCUCUACCCCACGUAGGUGCCACGACUGCUUCACCCCCGAUACCCUCCAUCGCACACCCCACUGCCAUGCUAUCCAUGGGGGCGUCGUCGUUGUCGAGUGCAGCACGAACGAAGUCGCUGCACGACCAACAACAGUCUCCCAACACGCCGUUCAAAGCCGAGGGAACUGCCACGACGGAAUCUCACCAAGUAAAUCACUUACCAGCGUUGGGGUUACCAUACUCGCACCGUCGGCAGCACCCAUCGCCACCACACUUGCCAUCGCUCGUCCAUCCCAACCACCCAUCUAGCAUGUAUCAACAUCAUUCAACCGCCGCCGCGUUGACGGCACCGUCAUCACGGAAGCGCAGGGGGCCACCGUUUGACGGGUCGUCGUCUGGCUUGGAUGCGACUGCCGCCCAGCUGCUUCGCAUCGUCGAGCAGAAACUGCAGGUCGACAUGGACAUGCGGCGACGAGACCAGCAACUUCGUGCGCAAGAACUGAAUAUGCAGCACCAACUCAUCGACUACUUGGACACGUCCAGACACACUCGCCGCCAGCGCCGCCGCAUCAUCAGCAGAAACAGCGGCGCUUCGUCGACCGACGUGGCCGUGAACGACGAAGACGACCAAGACGACCAAGACGAUGGUGGGGCAGCGGCGCGGCUACUGGAGCUGCUCAAGCACAAGAUGCAGUUUGACAUGGCACAUCACGCCGCCGAAAUGGAACUCCGUGCCGACGAAGUCGAGCUCCAACGCCGCGUGCUGGCGUUUUUAGCCCGAUGUUAAUGGUGAUCUUGACGUUACUUCUCCUGUCGUUGAUUCGUGGCUCCAAAUCGUCCGUUCGUUGUCGGUUUAGCAUCGUUGUCGUUUUCAAAGUCCCGAUAGACGGUCGUCGACGACGAGGUGGUUUGUGUGGUGGCGGCGCGCUCCAGUUUUUCUAACAGGUGCUUGAUAUUGGACUGGAUCGACGUCAAUUCUUCGUGCGUUUGGUUGUAGUAUUCGUCGCCGUCGUCGGCAGCAGUGCCCUUGUCACCACGGGGCCGCCGCCCGCCACCAACAGCCUUGUCAUCAGCAGCAAAGAAUCGAGGCAAGUCUUCGUCUUCACUCACUUCGCCGUCUUCGAUCUCAGGCAGGUCUUCCGUCAUUUUCGCCGAAAACGACUUGCAUCGAGUCGCCAAGUCUUGCAGCGCACAUGACAGCUCGAGCUCGGCGUCUUCGUCGACUUCGUCCACGCUGUCGUAGCUCGCGUCGAGGACGUCCAUUGUUCGAGGGGCCAAAAUGGACGGUGUGCUCAAUUCGCCGAAUGACACAUUUCUGCGCUCUUGUGCGACACAUCCACUCGUGCAAGCUAUUUUCGGGCCUCGAUGAGUCUAAUUUUGCCCACGA